AUGGUCUCAAACUUCAAGGAAAUCGACAUGUCAGGCGAAACUACUGCAACGUCCUUUACGUUGGAUCCAAGCAAACUCGCUGCAGGCUCUGUUGUUGUCUUGAACAGCGCAACCGGUGGACCCACUGUGACUACAAUCGAGGACAUGAAGAGAGCCAUACCAGAGCGUCAACCUCUGGUUCGGCCAUGUGGAAAUUGUAUGAAGCUCCCGGCGCAAGGAUCCACUUUUUCUCAAUGCUCAAGAUGUCGAGAGACUCAUUACUGCAGUCGCGGAUGUCAAGUUGCGCAUUGGCCUCAACACAAGGAAGUCUGUAAAGAUAGGGCAAAAGCUCUCGCUCAAAGAGAACAAGCCAAAGCAGCCGCUCUCGCUGAAGGGAAAGUAUAUCACGAUCCCUUAGUUCUGCAAGAGUGGUACAGAUUGAAUAACGAUACGGUGGAACACGCUGCUUUCCACGUCCUCGAGUUAUGGAAAGGCGACAAACCCUCUCGAACGACAACUCACUUGGUGUUGAUUACCGUCGAGGUUAACGAAACUAAACCUGAUGAUGCCACCCUCAUCCGAUACAAAGACGCAAUGGCAGCACCGAUGGAAAAACUUGAGAUAAUCGGUUCACCUCCGCCGCAGUUAUUGAAACGAUCACUUGAUCAAGGAUUUAUGCUGUUGGCCUUCAUCGAUUUGAAGCAUAACCUUCGAGUACUCGAGUUCCAUCAACCUCCUCCGCUUGAACCGUACCUCACGGGAGAAAUGCAACCGGAUGGGAUGUGGCAAGUUCAUACGGUCCUCAAAAUGAAUUCACAUUUACCUUCCAUGAAUACAUGA